GGCGCUGCCGCUUUCGUGCACUUCGCCCGGCGGUGGCGCGUGGGUGGGCAUUUUUCUCUUGUACGGCGUCGGUGUCGCUGUGUGGCAAACCUCCGUGAUGGCGCUCGAGAUGCAGCCGAGAUCUCGCCGAGAUGCAGCCGAGAUCUCGCCGAGAGAGCCGAGAUGUCGCCAGAGGCAGCCGAGAGGCAGCUGAGAGGCAGCCGAGAGGCUAGCCGAGAGGCUAGCCGAGGCCCUUCUCGGAACCGUCUCGGAACCGUCUCGGAACCGUCUCGGAAUCGUCUCGGAACCAUCUCGGAACCGUCUCGGAACCUUCCCGGAGCAGGCGCUAGUUGGCGAGAUGGCGACACCGCGCCACGCGCCGCGCGCUUCCCGCCGCACCUCGCCCGCGCUCUCCCUCCCGGGAGGCACGCGCGGCACGCGCGGCGGGCGUGGGCGCAGCAUGGUUGGGGCGGCGAGGGCGGCGCCCGCGCCUGCAGUUUCGAGGGGCGAGCCGGAUGCGGGCGCGGGUGCGGUUGGACCAUUCGCACACCUCAAGCUCACUUCGGCGCUGUCGUCGUUUGUCGGCUUCUCGGUGCUACCACAGGUGAGCGCGCGCACCGCUUGCGCCAUCUGCGUCGCCGUCGUCGCCGUCGGCGGCGCGUGCCUCGCCGCCCUGCUGUACGGCGGUGGCGCCGUCGCGCGGCAUCGCGACUCGGAGCCGUUGGUGAGCAGCGCGGCCAGGCGGAGCCACUCCGCUGCUGCUGCAGUUGACGUCAACGCGCAGCAGUCUGCUUCGGCCUGACUACACGUGCCACGUCUAGUGGCCGC